CUGAGUGCCACGCUCAGUAUGGGUCAAGGAACGGACAGGGGGCACAUGGAGAGACAUGCGCAAUCCACGCUUCAUCAAUGACAGCAAGCGAUUCAAAUCCUACUUCAGUAUGCCUGCUCCACUGUUCAAACGACUGCAAGAUCGACUCGGUCCUCGUCUGGAGAGGCAGCAUACAACAAUUCGACAGCCUAUCGAGCCAGCUCGUGUCUCAGCUGCUGCAUUGAACAGGUUUGCAAGUGGAGAGUCGUACGACAGGGUUGGGGACAGGUUUGGCAUAGCUCAUGCAAUGGCCAUAGAGUGCACAGACCGGGUGACAAAGGCAAUUCUGGACAACAUGCUGGGGCUGAUCUCAUUCCCUGAUGCUGAGGCCAUGCCAGGCACCAUUGCCAAGUUUGCAAGGGGAGGUUUCGCGAACUGCGCCGAUGGCAUCGACUGUACGCAUUUCUUCAUAGAGAAACCUGGCAAUGGAUUGGACAAGGACUACUACGAUCGCACCCGUCAGUACAGCAUAGUGGCUCAGUGCGUGUCAGACAUGCGCAUUCUUGACCUGGAUGCAGGAUGGCCUGGUAGCUUGCACGAUUCAAGAGUUUCGUGUAGAUCCUCCCUUUACGAGUGUGUCGGACCCGCCGGGAUGGCGGUCCGACAGGAUGGAGAAGAAGGGGUUGAGGAAGGAGGAAGUGGAGAUGGAGCUGGAAGGGACAGCGCAGCUCCGACGCAGACUCAACGCCGCACGUACUCCAACAAAUGCAAAAUGAAGAAUGAUCUAAAAAACAGACAACAGCUGGGGUAUACCCCCAGCUGACUGAUUGGAUUGGACUGGACUGGCCUGGUACCGACAGUGGUACCGGGCAGGCUGGACUGGACUGGAAUAGUACACGGCCUGUGGGGUGAGGCCACGGCCUCAUUGUCGGCCUGGUCCCACAGGCCGAGCUGGCAAAUAGCCGAAUAGGCCCUAGCUGUAGGCCAGGGCAGAUGGAGGCCCGUUGCACGAUCCUCAAACUUGUAAUGGAUCGCAAGAGCCAUAAACGCGCUAUCCGCAAAAGCAGCAGAACUCUGCAAUAAAGAAAGCUGAGAAAU